AUGGAGACCCAGAGAGACAACCUCCCCUGGGGACGCUGGUCACUGUUGCUACUGCUGCUGGGCCUGGCAGUGCCUCCAGCUACUGCCCAGGACCUCAGCUACAACCAGGCUGUGCUCGCUGCCGUGGACGGCUACAACCAGCGGUCCUCGGAAGCUAAUCUCUACCGCCUGCUGGAGCUGGACCCGCAGAGGCCCGAUGCAGACCUGUGGGACGACAACCCCAGCACCCCGAAGCCGGUGAGCUUCACACUGAAGGAGACCGUGUGCCCCAGGACGACGCAGCUGCCACCGGAGCAGUGUGAAUUCAAGGAGAACGGGCUGGUGAAACAGUGUGUGGGGACAGUCACCCUGGGCCAGGCCGGUGGCUACUUUGACAUCAACUGUGCGGAGGGAUUCAACCACAUGUUCCGAAGGUCACUGCCAGAGGGCGACUGGAUCCACAGGCUCCUGGGGCGGCCCAGGAACAUUGGGUGCACAGGUGAGCGUCUCAGACCUGAAGUGCUGGUCCUGGGCGCAGGAAUUGGGAUGUGGUUGGUGAAGGGCGGAGACAAGACUCAGGUAUGGCUUCAGGCCUCGGCCCAGCAUGAUGAGUUUGCUUCCCACUGA